AUGACGCGCCUCCGCAGGAAGGCUCUCGUCGCGCUCUUCCUCUUCACCCUCUUCAUCUUCGGCACCAUGAUGGGGCUCCGGACGCUCAAACCCAGCGACGGCUUCUCGGACAUGGCCCCCGGCAUGGACCUCAUCGUGGAGCGGUCCGACAGGCUGCGGCUAGACGUGAAAGACGUGGCUCCGUCGCCGGGCCAGUUCCACAUGGGCAGCAGCGACACGAAGGUGGUCUUCAGCCGGUCCGACCGAGACUACAGCAUCUUCUACGAUGUGCACAUAUUCUACUACCUGUGGUACGGCUCCCCCAGCAUGGACAACAAGUACAUCCACUGGGAUCAUGUGCUGGUGCCACACUGGGACCCCAAGAUCGCAGCUAGUCACGCUCAGGGAAGGCACACGCCACCAGAGGACGUCGCUUCAAGUUUCUACCCUGAGCUGGGACCCUACAGCUCCAGGGACCCAACGGUGCUGGAGUCACACAUGGCCCAGAUAGAAGCGGCUGCAGCAGGGGUGUUGGUGUUGUCCUGGUAUCCUCCUGGGGUGGCCGACGACCAUGGGGAGCCCACGGAGGACCUGGUUCCCGCAGUCAUGGACGCUGCCCACAGGCACAGCAUCAAGGUGGCCUUUCACAUACAGCCAUACAAAGGACGGACGGACCAGAGCAUGCAUGACAACAUCAAAUACAUCACUGACAAGUAUGGAAAACAUGGCGCCUUCUACAGAUUCCGGUCCAGCACAGGUCGGGUCCUGCCUCUGUUUUAUGUCUACGACUCCUACCUGACGCCGCCCGAGUCCUGGGCAGACCUCCUGACAGCCAAGGGCUCCCACAGCAUCAGGGGCACACCUUACGAUGGCAUUUUCGUGGCCCUCAUCGUCGAGGAGCGCCACAAACAUGACAUCCUGGCCAGUGGCUUCGAUGGCAUAUACACCUACUUUGCCUCCAACGGUUUCUCCUUUGGUUCGUCCCACCAGAACUGGAAAGCCAUCAAGGCCUUCUGCGAUGGAAACAAUCUGCUGUUCAUCCCCAGUGUCGGCCCAGGGUACGUAGACACCGCUGUUCGGCCAUGGAACAACCAUAACACCAGGAACCGGGUGAAUGGACGAUACUACGAGACAUCCCUGCAAGCAGCUCUGUCUGUCAGACCAGAACUUGUCACCAUUACUUCCUUUAAUCAAUGGCAUGAAGGAACGCAGAUAGAGAAGGCUGUGCCCAAGAAAACCGUGACCCGUUUGUACCUAGACUACCAACCCAACCAGUCUGACCACUACCUGGAGCUUACACGUCAGUGGGCCGAGAACUUUAACAAGGAGAAAGACAAGUGGUUGAUGUGAACGUGGUUUUAUUUCCCUGGUAGAUGUGUUGGGGGGGAAUCGGAAACGACAAGACGUCAGCUCUCACUGUAGAAAAACAACUUUACAUUUGUACAUCUUCCUUUUUUUCUCCACUUCAGAACACCACUGACGAGCUUUCCCCCAAAUAUCCACUGUGCCCACAUUGUUUUUAAUCACUAACAUUUUUGUAAAGGUAAAUAAGUUCACUGGUUUGUUGGAUCGACAAGGUCACAGUGAAAGGUAAUCAUCCUUUUGAGGAUAACAAAUCAGUAUGUGUUGUGACAUCAAGAAAGUGUGGCUAUGUACAGUAACUCUGCUCUUUUGGGUUUUGGGUUUUAUUUUCUUAUGA